UCAACUGCCAGCUCGUGAGUGAGAGUCAUUCACUGUCCAUGUCAUUCAUUUCAUUGAUGUGAUGAUUGAAUAAAUAUCGUGUUAUCAAGACACCGUUUACUUAAAAUAGAAAUUUUGAAGUAGUUUGUGUUUACGUGUUACGUGUAAAUUUUCAACAUGGAGGAAUUUGUGGAAGUAAACCAAAUAUCGGAUUUUAUAUCGUACCUCCGCAGUAUUGAAUGGCGCGACCCAUGGCUAAUAGCGUUGAUAUCGUUCCACAUCAUAAUUACCUUCACAUGCUUCUCAACUAGGAACUAUGGAAACUUUCAAGUGAUAUUGUUCAUAAUAUUAUUGUUGCUAGUAUACUUUUCGGAGAACAUUAACGAGGUUGCUGCGCGAAACUGGACCUUAUUCUCAAGGCAGCAGUACUUUGAUAGUAAAGGACUGUUCAUAUCAGUCGUAUUCUCCAUCCCUAUACUGCUAAACUGCAUGAUAAUGGUGGGCUCCUGGCUAUACCAGUCGACGCAGAUCAUGACAAACCUAAAGAAGGCACAGCUCAGACAACGUUUGAAAGAAAUGAACAUGAACAGGGAACAGCGACAGCACAUAAAGGCAGAAUAAUCGAUCAAGUCAAUUAUCUAGGUAUCGAUAAAUCAAAAAUAUUUUUGCUAUCAUUAUGAUGGAAUACGAGGAAUCUAAUUUUUAAGCAUAUGACGCAGUGAUUUAUUUAUAAUAAUUAUUUUUUUAAUAUGAAAAAUGGGACGAUUUUCAGCAAGCAACAAUCGAGACGGAUAAAUGUAAAUAAUUGAUUGGAACAUUUUAAAAAUGGCCGCUAAAGUUACAUAGCGCGCGCGUCAUACUUUUUAUUAGUGCUUGCAAUAAAAUAACACGUUAACAAAAGCUU